AUGACAAUAUCAAUACUACAACUGACAUUUCUACUGACAAGCCUUGUGCAACAUAUUUUAUGUUUUGACGUUGGUACUGAUGUGGAUAAGGCUAAAAAAGUUGAUGUUUUGCUCAGCACAGGAUGGAUCCGAGGCUAUGAAUUCGAAUCAAAGCAUGGCACGGCUAAUGUUUUUAAGGUAGGGUACUUUUCUUUGGUACAACUUUUACCCCUACCAAACAAAUUUCAGCGUGUUCCCUACAUAGCCCCACCAGUCGGCCCAAACAGAUUUCAAGCUCCUCACCCUGUUCAGUCUUGGGAUGGCGUUAUUGAUGCCACUCAAUACUCGUUGGCUUGUCCUCAAAAUAGUACGGACAUAGAUGAACACACAUGGGAGGCUGUCAAGGAUCAAAGUGAAGAUUGUGUCUACAUGAACAUCUUUGCUGAUAAUCAGUGUAGUGUAAGUUAUUUGUAUGGUAGGGACGGGUAGGAGGGGGUAGUAUAGGGUAGGGAAAGGUAAGGUAACGCGGGUAGGGUAGGGUAGGGUAAGGUAAGGUAGGGUGGGUAGGGUGGAGUAGGAUUAGCUUUGGUACGGUAGGGUAGAGUAUGGUGUUUUUAGUAAUAUCUACCCUUCAGACGUCCAACCCCUGCCCAGUAAUCUUCUACCUUCACGGUGGGGGUACCAUUGAUGAUCCUAGAAUGUUCAAUGACAGUUUGAUUAUUCAAAACUUUGCUUCACAAAGUGUCAUCUUCCUUUUACCAUCGUUUCGACAAGGUAUAUUGGGCUGGUUGGACAUUGGUGAACCAACGUACGAUGCUCCUUACAACGCUGCGUUAUUAGGUAUGUUUUAAAGAAAGUUCUUGCCAUUUUUUGUUUUGUAAAGAAAGUUCUUGCUAUUUUAUGGUCUGUAAAGAAAGUUCUUGCCAUUUUUUGUUUUGUAAAGAAAGUUCUUGCCAUUUUAUGUUUUGUAAAGAAAGUUUUUGCCAUUUUUUCUAAAUUUUCAUACCUAAAACAAUAUAAUUUUAGAUAUAAUAGCAGCCUUACGCUGGACUCAACGUGAGAUAGCUUCAUUUGGAGGUAACCCCAGAGAAAUCGUACUGUUUGGUCACAGUUCAGGUGGUCAUUUGGCUAGCUUGUUGAUGUCUAGUCCAGCCAUUGAGCCAAAAGCGUUUUCCAGGGCUUUGAUCAUGAGUCCUGGCGGCCGAUAUAAUGAACGAUUUAAUCGACCGAGGAGCAUGUAUGUGGCUGAAAAGGUUGGAGUAAGUACCCUACCGUACCUUAUCAUACUCUACCCUACCGUAUCCUACCCUACACUGCACUACCUCACCUUACCCCACUCUACUCUACCCUAUCGUACCGUGCUCUACUUAUAUUAACAUAAUUUUUCAGUGCCUCAGAGACCCCAAUAUGAACAUCUACAACAUGUCAGAACGCCUGGCGUGCUUAAGAACCAAGCCUUUCCGAGAGCUCAUCGACACUACUGCAGCAGUUUCUUCUGACACUUUACUAAAGCAAUCAGGACCUCAAUUUGAUGCAUAUACAGUUGACCAGAGGGUCAUACAUGAUGUGGUUAAGAAUUGGAAAGUGAGUCUAGCCCAGCCCUAGCCCAGCCCUAGCCCAGCCCAGCCCUAGCCCAGCCCUAGCCCAGCCCUAGCCCAGCCCUAGCCCAGCCCAGCCCUAGCCCAGCCCUAGCCCAGCCCUAGCCCAGCCCUAGCCCAGUCCUAGCCCAGCCCUAGCCCAGUCCUAGGCCAGCUCUAGCCCAACUCCCAUCUCUAGUCCAGCCCUAGCUCAGCCCAACCCUAGCCUAGUUUUAGCUUAGCUCAGUCCUAGCCAAGUCUUAGCCUAGCCCCUCUAGCCAGCCCUAUCUUAAUCCAGACUUAGGCUAGCCCUAAUCCAGCCUUAUCCUGGCCUUAGCCCGGUUCUAACUGAGCUUUAGCCCAAUCUUAGCCCCAGCCCCAAUCUAUCCCAGCCUUUGACCAGUCUUAACUCUAGUUCUAGCGCUAGUUUUAGCUCUAGUCCUUGCUUUAUCUUUGCCCCAGCCCAGCCCUAGCUUAGAUCAGUUUAGCUCUAGCGCAGCUUUAGUCCUAGUUCUAGCCCUUAGCACUAGACUUAGCUUUAAUUUUAGCCUUAGUUCUAGACCUUGCCUAGUCCAGUGUUAGCCCUAGCCUUGGCCCAAGCUCUAGACCUAGCUCAGCCCUGUUAUAGCCAUAAUUUCAGCUCUACCUAUACGCAUACCCAUAAUUCUACCCUACCUAACAUGGUAUAUCUAUGCUUGUACUCUGGUGUAUAACUAUGUUUGUACUCGUAUUAUCACCCCCUUUCUUAAGGUUAAAUGUCAUAAUGUUUCUUAACUGACCUUUUGACCUUUUUUUAAUUUGCAUAUUACACCAUAGCUAGUAUAAUAUAAUACAAUAUUCCAGCCCAUCCCAAUCCUCUUCAGCGUAAUGUCAUUCGAAGGCGACUUUGACAGUCCAAACCGUGACAAAGAUGUAUGCUUUGCCUAUGCACCUUUUGUAUGUCCUGGCCGUGAGGCUGACUGUGACAUCAAAUGUCAAGCCAAGUUCUCAGGUGGUCAUCCCAUACCUAUUGGUGGCUCUUUUAUGCAUGCUAUUACUUGGGCGUAUGCUCAGAUCAACAACCUGAGAGGUGGCACAUCGUAUUAUCACGUGCUCGAUCAGUAUCAUGCUGAUGUGCAUGCUGACGACUUGGUGUUUGCUAUUGGUUUACAUGCUGAAAACCGGUUUCAUGCUAGGAAUGUUGGGCAUCAGAUUCAGAAGAGGUUUUUGCCUAGGUUGUUGUUACGGUGGAUUAAGAAUGAAAGCUUGGUUUAUGGUAGGUUUUAGGGUAGUUUAGGGUGAGAUAAGGUGCAGUAGGGUACGGGGGUUAAGGUAGGAUUAAGUUAGUAUUAGGUUGUUGUUAGUUUAAGGUUAGGCUGACAUUGUGAGGUCACUAGAAGGGUAUAACGUUCAGGAAUAGGUUAAAAAAGGUAGCACAGAGUAGGGCAUAGGAGUAAGGGCACAGGCUAGUAAGGCAACUUUAAGUUGGAUUACGGUAGUAUGAGGGUAUAAGUACGGUAAUAAGCAUAGGCUUAUGAUAGUGUAAAGCUACUGUUCGGCAGAAUAACGUAUUAUAGGGUAGAGUAGGGUACGGUAGGAUAGGAAACGGUAGGAUAGAGUAGGGUAGAAUAGGAUAGGGUUGGGUAGGGUAUGGUAGAGUAAGUUGUGACUAACUAAGUUCGUUUAUUAUAGACUGGAAGCCAAUGGACCAUCACGGCCGGAACUACUUCUACAACAAUAUCAAAGCCAUUGGCAACCCCAACAACUACACUAUUGUCGCUCGACCACAUUCAGUACGUGGUCGAAUUUUCCAUCAAGAAGCGGUCGAUUUCUGGUGGAAAGAGCUAGCCCAACUUAAUGACGACUUUACCUAUAUAACCAAUGGCAAUGAUGACAAAAAGGAUGACACAGUACCCUCGUUAACAGCCGUGAAUAUCACAACUGAAAAGAGUACGGAAUGGUAUGUCAUGUUCAUUUUGAUUGUUAUCACAUCGGUAUUGACGUUAACAUUGUUUGUCAUCAUUGCUGUGGUCUUUGUUUGGAAAAGGAGUGAAAGAAAGGUUGGCAGUGGGAAUAAUGAUAGAGUACCAGUGAAUAAUAUGAAUGGUACUGAGCCUACUGUGAAAAUUGAGGAUGCUUGA